AUGGCAACGGAGGGAGCCAAGCACGCGCGGUUCAGCCUGCAGGUGGACAUGCAGUGCCGGUGCAUGGGCUGCGUCGGCAAGGUCGAGAAGGCCAUGGCCGCCGUCGGCGGCUUCACGGGGGUCGAGACGUCGGCGGGGGACGUCGACGCUGGGGUCGUGGCCGUGGCGGGGAAGGUGGACCCGGCCGAGCUCUGCCGGUGGCUCAAGAGGAAGACGAGGAAGGAUGUCAAGAUCGUCUGCCCUCAUCCGCCGGCUGAGGAUCCUAAGCAGAAAAUGAUACUGGUUCUGGGAAGCAGCUCAAGAACCAGGGACGCGACGCCGUCAGCUCCACCGCUACCGCAACAUUUCUCCAGCGCUCUAGCAUCAUCAGGAGUUCAGUCUGACCACGAUGAUCUGCAUCUGAUCGAGGAGAAGAUCAGGGACCUCGAGAGGGCCAGGGACGCGUUGAAGGUCAGGAGCCUGAAGAACGAGCUGAGUGCAGCCAAGUCUGAGCUGAAACAAUCAAGGGAGGUGAUCAGCAACAGUAAGAAGGCUCUGCUAGACAGUGCCCUGAGCCAGCUCGACGCGUUCAAGAAACUAGAAUCACUCACUCAGGCCACCAUGUGACUGAGCCUAUUCAGUCCAUGGUUUCGCCGUCAUGCUCUGUAGUACCAGCAUGGUCGCUGUAAACCUGUUGUUAUCAAAACUUUCUUAGAGUUUUCGUGCUUCUCUGAAGCCUGAUGUUAUUGUAUUGCUGUCUGAAGUGACGAUAAGAUGUGGGUGUAGAUUUCCAUGCUGGUACAGCAGUUACCCUGCUGGAUGUUUUGGUA